UCGGCGCGCGGACCUCCGGCUCCUCUGGAAGGAUCUCCAGGAUCUGCUCAGACACAAAGACUCCUCCACUGACUCCUUUCUCAGGAGAUCGCCUCCAUCCUGCAGCCUUAUAUCCUCAUUAUUUAUUAUUAUAUUAUUAUUAUUUGCCCCCCCGUGUGCGCGCGGCGCGUCGCGACACACGCGCGGACUAUCGGUAAGUUUCCGAUCGGAUCGAUGCUCGGUUGCGUCAGAGCUUCCGCAUCGGGCUCCUCUCCGGUUUUUGCCCGGUGACACAGCAGCGAUGGUUGCGGUGAUCCCUCCGCCGUGAGAUCCUCAUCGUAAGCACCUCACGCACGCCGGCCCGCAGCGCGCGCGCGAGCCGCACGCACGCCUCUCCAUGCAGAGCCUUUGCAGGGUCAAGAUGCAGUUCCGGACGGUGCUGGACGUCAAAGUCGUGGACGUUGAGAAGAGGCGCAAUCCGUCCAAGCACUACGUGUAUCUCAUCAAUGUGACGUACUCUGACAACACGUCCCACAUCAUCUACAGGAGAUACAGCAAGUUCUUCGACCUUCAGAUGCAGAUUCUCGACAAGUUCCCCAUCGAGGGAGGGCAGAAAGACCCCAAGAAGAGGAUCAUCCCCUUUCUCCCAGGCAAAAUCCUGUUCCGGAGAAGUCAUGUGCGAGACGUGGCCAUGAAGCGCCUGCGUUUCAUCGAUGACUACUGCAGGGCGUUGGUGCGACUCCCGCCUCAGAUUUCUCAGAGCGAAGAGGUGCUGCGCUUCUUCGAGACGAAGGCGGAGGACGUCAACCCCCCCGUGGAGGAUUAUGGAUCCAAACGCAAGUCAGUGUGGAUGUACGGCUUUACAGACAGUCCGAGGAAAGAGGCCUCAGGGAUGGACAGCUCAGAGCCCAUGGUGCUGGAGCAGUACGUGGCCGUGGCCAACUACGAGAGGCAGGAGAACUCGGAGAUCAGCCUCAAGGCCGGCGAGACGGUGGACGUGAUCGAGAAGAGCGAGAGCGGUUGGUGGUUCGUCAGCACAGCCGAGGAGCAGGGCUGGGUCCCAGCAACAUACCUGGACUCCCAGAACGGGACCAGAGACGACCUGGAUCUGGGAACCUCGAGGACCGGAGAAGUCACUAAAAGGCGUAAAGCCCACCUGAAGAGGCUGGACCGCCGCUGGACCCUCGGCGGGAUAGUCAACCGCCAGCAGAGCAGAGAGGAGAAGUACGUGACCAUCCAGCCGUACAGCAGCCAGGGGAAAGACGAGGUGAGCUUCGAGAAGGGGGUCACCGUGGAGGUCAUCCAGAAGAACCUGGAGGGCUGGUGGUUCAUCAGGUAUCUGGGGAAAGAGGGCUGGGCUCCGGCCUCGUACCUGAAGAAGGUCAAAGAUGACUUCUCCCCCCGGAAGAAGACCGGCCCAGUGGAGAUCAUCGGCAACAUCAUGGAGAUCAGCAACCUGCUGCAGAAGAAGUCCGUGAGCGAAAAGGACAUCCAGACGGACGGCGAGGGCGGGGGUAGCGGCGGCGGCGGCAGCACGCCCGAGCGCCACAUCUCCAAGAGCGAGAUCAGCCUGCCCAUGCCCUACAACUCCGAGAUCAACGCCGAGACGGGCCGGCGGCUCAGCGCGGGCCGGGACACCAACAGCCCGUGUCCGGGCAUCGCGGCGGCCAGCGCGGCGCUGAGCGAGAGCAAGGCCCGGGGCGAGCCGGGGUCGCCCGCCGUGGCCCGAGUGGCUCCUCACAGGGUGGAGAUGGGCUUUGAUGUGAUCGGAUCUCCGAACCUGCGGCAGAAACCUCCUCCGAGAAGAGACACCAACCUGGGUUUCCAGUUACCUAAACCACCGGAGCCCCCUGCUGUGGAAGCAGAGUACUACACCAUCGCAGACUUCCAGUCCUCCAUCUCUGACGGCAUCAGUUUUCGCGGAGGACAAAAGGCUGAUGUGAUCGAGAAGAACCCUGGAGGGUGGUGGUAUGUGCAGAUCGGGGAGAUGGAGGGCUGGGCCCCCUGUUCUUACAUCGACAAGCGUAAAAAGCCCAACCUCAGCCGUCGGAGCAGCACGCUGACCCGCCCUAAAGUUCCGCCCCCAGCACCGCCUGUCAAGAAGCAAGACUCGGAGGAGGCCCCCCCUCAAGCCAACUCUGCCUCCAAACCUACAGAGCCGCCCAGCAGGCCCGUGUACGAGGAGCCCGAAUAUGACGUCCCGGCAGUGGGGUGCGAAGGUGAGUCUGACACUGACUCCCUGAAGGAGGAGCGAUCCCUGGAGGUGAAGCACAGCAGCGUGGUGGCGGACAAGUAUCGCAGCUCUCCUCCUUCCAGCAAAGGCUCCCCUCCAGUCUGUAAGGCCCCUCCUCCGGUCUGCAAGGUGUCCCCUCCGGUCUGCAAAGUGUCCCCCCCGGUCUGCAAGGUGUCCCCCCCGGUCUGCAAGGUGUCCCCCCCAGUCUGCAAGGCCUCUCCUGUGUUUGCACAUCGACGGACAUCCUACAGGUCUGUGGAGGAGAUCACCAAAGAGGAGUGCAUCUACGAGAAUGACGGUUUCAGGCCCAGCGGCGGCCUUGAAACGGCCCUUGCUAAAGGUUCCAGUGAACCCAACUCUCCAAGGAGUUACCACUCUUCUACAGUCCCACGAAAACCCUCCGGUUCCUCACCAUUCCCUGGUAGACCCAUGAAAACCAUGACCCCGGAGAUGACCAGGAGAAGCCAGACACUGGGCCGCCAUAUAGAUAUCAGCCUCCGAUCACAGGAGAACAGCCCCCACUCCUCGUCCGACGAGCUGACCAGGGGCCCCAAAAAAGUCAAUGCCUUCAACCGUGAUGUAGAGCAAAGAAUUGGGCAGAGUCCCUCCACCAGGCCGAAGCCUUCUGUCAGACCCAAGCCACUUCUGACCAAAUCAGAGCCACAGAGUCCAGAGAGGACAGACAUCACCUCUCUGAGAAGGCAGCUGAGGCCUACUAGUCAGUACCGUCACAGCUUGAAACCGUCUCGUGGUGACGACUCUGAAACAGGCUCCAUUAUCUCCUCAGAAGACUCCAUGUGCUCGCGCAGUACCUCAGAUCUGUCUUCUGUCUACUCGAAAGGAAGCCGUGGUGACUCUGACGUGGAAGGUCCAAUUUUUUACCGUGCUCUGGACACCUAUAAGAAGGUCCAGGACUCAGAGAUCAGUUUCCCAGUUGGAGUGGAGGUGGAGGUUCUUGAGAAACAGGAAAGUGGUUGGUGGUACAUCCGAUACGGCUCAGAGGAAGGCUGGGCACCGUCAUACUAUCUGGAACCCGUUCGGCAGGUGGCUGACAUAGGUGGGUUGGAAUCAGAUGGACAUGGAAGUGGUGGGAGUAAAUCCAACAGCCUGGAGAAGAACGAGCAGCACGUGUUGACCCUGAACAACAUCAACAUCCAGGGCCUGUCCCAGCAGCACCAGAGUCUGAGGAGGAACUCGCCACCCAUUCCCUCCAAGCCUCCCGGUGGCUUCACCAAACCGUCCGGGAUAGUUAACGGAGGGGUCCGGAUGAGGAACGGGGUGCGCCAGGUGGCAGUGAGGCCUCAGUCCGUGUUUGUGACCACGACACAGCCAGCGAAGGACACGCACUACAUGACGGGAUCCCUGAGGAGAAACGAAUCCCUUGGCAGGAGCGACCACUACGGCUCUGGUUCAGCUACGCUGGGCGUCCGCCGGAAUGCCUCCUUCAGCACCGUGCGGCCUCACGUGGUGGUGGAGAGUCAGACGAGGCCCGCCGAGCGCUCCAGCCUGGGGUCCUCGGGGAGCGCCUUCAGCACGGGCAACGUCCAGGAUGCCCUGAGCAGAGUCGGCCAGCGCAACGGCAUCCCCGUGUCCACGGUCCGGCCCAAACCCAUCGAGAAGAACCAACUGAUCCACAACAACCUGGGUCGGGAGGUGUACGUGUCCAUCGCCGACUACCGGGGCGACGAGGAGACGAUGGGCUUCACUGAGGGAACCUGUCUGGAGGUGCUGGAGAGAAACCCCAACGGAUGGUGGUACUGCCAGGUACAGGACAGUCUGAUACCCCGCAAAGGCUGGGUCCCAUCCAACUACCUAGAGCGGAAAAAAUGAAACCAACUCUGCUCCCUCCUCCUUCCUUUUCUCCCGUUUUCUUGGCGACUUGUCCAAAGACCUAAGUGGCAUCGCGCCUCACGAAUGUUACCUGCAAUCUCCUGAAAGCAAUAUGUCCUUGAAAAAUGUACAAUUAUGAGAAGGCUGUGUGUAAAAAAGAAAGAGGUUUUAAUCAGAGGAGGAGGGACACUUUUAGUGCUGGUUUACUAAAAUGUAUACGAAAAAAAAAAAAAGCAGUGUAAAGAUUUGGAAAUAUUUUGCCUGAGAAAGAGCGACCGAAAUGUGGAAUCGGUCACGAGAAACUCUGCGGAGUAUUUUAGGUACGAGACGAUAUGAAUGGGAGCGAUAUGACCUCUUAGAGAGGUUUCCGUUAUGUGAUCCAGAAGCAGAGCAGGGUAACGGCGAUGCUCAUUCCUGCCCAUCACUGACUACGAUGGCCGACAAAGUGCCUUUAGAAUCCGACCGCCUGAACAGAGGUCUGAAGCGGCGAAUGGCAAAAACAUCAAAGCAACCAAAUCUCUUCAGAGUGCCAUAGUCCUACGAACACCACCGAGAGCAUCUCCACCACCGGGGGCUCCUCCGCCGAGCGCCCUCAAAGAAACCCCGAUUCUCGUCACCACAAGGUUCAUUUAGUUUCAAGUGAUCGAGCCGACCGAGGACGUUUGAAUCCGUCUCACCGCUUUAUCGUUCAUGUCGCAGCGUCUUCUUGUGUUGGUUCAAGUCUUCUUAGAGAAUUAUUUCUGCUUUCUUGUGACGUCUGAGUUCCACCAACAGCCAAGAAAUUGCGAAGGUUGAAGCUCCCGCAUCACUUUUGUCUUAGAUCCAACAAUAUGUUAGUGUUCACAUCUUCAGUCUCAGAUGUAACUGUCUGAGCUUGAAUUUUUAUAAUCGAUUUAAAAAAAAAACAACAACCUGUAAAACUUGAAUUGAAGAGAAAUUUUUAGUUUCUUGGAAAAUCUGAGGAGCAAUUCCAGUUCCUCAAACACCAAACCACCUCAGAAGAAUUAGUUUACAAAGGUUUACUGUGUUUUUAGCUCCAGGAACAAUUGAUUUUGUAUAUAUUUUGUUUUGUAUGCGUAUAAUGACACCGCUACAGCGGCUGCAUCGUCAGCGAUUACUGGAAAUGUGGUGAAUAGUAUAGUUUUUGCCCAAAAUGUGAUCAAACCAAAGAGAGAAAAAAAAUCAUUGGCAUUUUUUGUAAUUUAUUUAUGACAGUUGUGCUUUUUUUUUUCUCACCAAAAUGCCUAAAAUUAUUUUUUUCUAUCAUGUCCUGGAAGCACUUGACACUUUUUCUCAAAUUUAUCUAUGUUGAAUGAUAAUAUUAGAUUUUUCAAUGCAGUUUUGGGCGUUAAUAGAAAAUUUAGUUUCUUUAGCCUCUUCAAAAAUGUUUAGAUAAAACGAUCCAAAUGCAACCACCUGAAUUUAAGCCAUAAAUAAUGAAAUAGAAAAGGGAUUUUCUCAAUUUCAAGAUGUGAAACUCUGAGCUGAAACUGUUCACAUUCAAACGGCUGAUGUUCAAGACUGCUGAAAUACAUUUUCUAAUGAGCUGCGUUCAUUAUGUUUCUGCUGGACAGUAUCAUAGUAUUAAACAAAGUACAGUACCUGCUUGAUUGCAGUUAUCUAUUUUAACUGA